AUGGAAGCUUUUCGAAAAGUGUUGGAAGAUUGCAAUUUAGUGGAUGUGGGGUUUUGUGGGAACUGGUUCACGUGGGAAAGAGGAAAUCUACCAGAGACAAAUAUUCAAGAACGUCUUGAUAGGGGUGUGGCCACUGAUGGUUGGUUGUCUCUAUUUCCAGAGUCUCAAAUUCAGCAUUUACCUCAUUCUUUUUCUGAUCAUUGUCCACUACUCCUUACUACAAAAUGGGAAGAAAAGAGUUGCUUUAAUAGAAGUUUUAAAUUUGAAGCAUGGUGGGUCAUGGAAGAAACAUUUUUUGGAGAGGUUAGGAACAUUUGGAAAAAGUCAACAAGGAAUUUUUUGAACAAGCUGGAAUGUGUCAAAAGAGGGUUACAAGAAUGGGCUAAUAAAAUUCUUUACUGCAGGAAAGUAAAUAAUGAGCUGUUAACAUCAAAAUUAAUAAAAUUACUGGAAGAUGAUAGAACUGAUGAAAAUCUUGCAGAGCUUAUUGACACAAAAGUAGAACUUAAUUUUGAGAUUGAGAAAGAUGAACGUUAUUGA